CUUCUGGGCGUCGCGACGCACAAUUCGGCGCAUGCUCCACCGCCCGGAUCAUUUAUUCAGUAAAAUCCAGAAAGCGAGUGUCUUCGCACGCACACUUUGCCAUGGCUUGCCAAAAGCUGCACACACCUUCAUAAAUUCGGGUUACCACGAUGACUUUCUUCGCCCUUUCAAGUCCCCCGAGGUGACCUCGCCAUGUCUGCGGACGCCGAACGGCAGUUUUUGUGCCCCCGACUUAUAGACUAUUUGGCUAUAGUCGGGGCACGUCCUAGCAAUAACGCCAGACAGAGCACCAGCCCCCCUAUCCAAGCCCCAGAACUUCUUCGUCGCUACCCCAUCCAGGACCAUAAGGACUUUCCCAUGCCUUUAGAUAUGGUUUAUUUUUGCCAACCGGAAGGGUGCUCCUCGGUGGGCCCCAGACGGACGGCACUGCGGGAAGCCUCCUCGUUUGUUUUCACGCUCACUGAUAAGGACUCGGGGAAGACCAGGUAUGGGAUUUGUGUCAACUUCUACCGGCCCGUGGAGAAGGUCUCGGGGGCGGUGGGGGUCGGGGGCCGAAGGGCCAGUACGAACCUGAGAAGGGACUCCUGGAGGAAGAGCAUGGAGAAGAGCUCGGAUUCGGCGUUUUCGAGUGAUUAUAGGAGCAGCAAUGUGGGGCCCAGCGACUCGGAAAAAGAUUGCCCCAGUCGCCGCGACUCCGAAACAGCGACUAACACAAUCCCGACCCCCAGACUUGGCGUAACCGCCCCCAGCAAUGACUCCGAAAGCGGUGGAAGUCAUUCGCCGUCACCUAGAGCCAGCCGCCGGCGCCAGAAAAUCCGCAAUCACUCCUUAACCUCCUUAUGCCUUCUCUCACACCACCCGUUUUUCUCAAUGUUUCGGGAAUGUCUCUUCAUUUUGAAAAAACUGAUAGAUGCGUGCAACGAAUCGUCGAAUCCUCGGAGAGUCGGCGGCUCCAAGCAGCUCCCGAGGGACAACGUCUGGAGUGUCCUGACUGGGCAAGCCAGUGAGGGCGCGUCCUCGAUCGUGCUACAUGACGUGAAGGAGAUUGAGACCUGGAUUUUGAGAUUGCUCUCAGCUCCUGUCCCAAUUACGAAGUAAUUGUGAAAUUAUUUAGUGGCGGGUUUUAAUCGAAAUUUUAGGGUUUAUGUCGAAGUUUUGUCGCCAAGUGUUUACGAACCGUUGAUUUUUGCUUUACCAAGUCACACGAGAUUUAGCCUUGCCGAUUUCCCGUUACAUUUGCCUUUGGAAUUGUUAGGAGUUGAAACGUGUCUAAAAGUUCUAACAAUAAUACUGCUGGAAAACAAGGUCGUUUUCCAAUCGAGAGAUUACAAUGCUCUUUGUAUGUCUGUGAUGGCCUUUGUGACUAUGAUUUACCCCUUAGAGUACAUGUUUCCGGUGAUACCAAUGCUACCAACUUGCAUGAGCUGUGCCGAACAGCUUUUACUCGCACCUACACCCUAUGUUAUCGGCCUUCCUGCCAGUUUUCUCAUGUAUAAAAAGAACUUUAAACUACCAGAUGACGUAUGGCUUGUUGAUUUGGACUCUAAUAAACUGACCUCAUCUCAAGACAUCCCUCCAUUGCCGGAGCCCGAAGGCACGAUCCUCAAAAACCACCUCAAACAGGCAAUGCAACUUAUGGAUCAAGUUGGCACUGGAGCUUUGGGUAGUUUAUCGACUCCAAGUGCCUCAAACAGCCAACUUCAACCCUCCCGGAGGGAGAGCCUCCCGGCACCAACUCCCAAUACUUUGAGGUACUUCCCCCAAAAAAAUUAUGUUGAAUAAAAAUUGGUUUUUAGUAUUUCUCGCCAAAAAUCACCCGAGGCAAGUCCAGCCCAUUCACCUAUUAUCUCCCCCAAACUUUCAAUCACCCCCCAAAGCCCAAUGCCGCCUCAAAGAUCAUUAUCUCCAACUCCUCCAAGUGGUUUUAAUCCUUUUAUUUACGGUAAUGACGUUGAUUCGGUUGACGUAGCAACGAGAGUUGCAAUGGUUCGGUUUUUCAACUCGCAUAAUCUACUCGCGAAUUUUUCCGAACAUACUAGGACCUUAAGGUUGUACCCGCGACCGGUCGUGGCCUUUCAAAUCAACAGUUUUCUCCGGUCAAGACCACGUACGACCCAGUUUUUAAAUCGCUUCGCUCGAACCCAAGCCGUUGAGUUCUUGGCAGAAUGGUCGCUAACCCCGACCAAUGUUGCCUUCCAGAGAGUCCAUACGGGCAUCCUGGACCCAACCCAAAUCGGCGACAAGCCCAAAUGGUACUUGCAUACGCUCGAACCCAUCAAAUUCACCGUAUGGGACGAUGGUAGUUCCCUAAACGGCGCCUUGCGCAGUCUCCAGAACCAGGAGAACCAACCAACUGACGAGAGUGGUUCCGACUCAGAAGGCGCAGAAAGCACCAGCUCGAGCUACUCCUCACUCAGCGAUUUUGUCUCAGAGAUGGUUUCGUCUGAUCUAUCACCUGGCUGUUCCUCGUACCAAGAACAGAGGAAAGCCUCGGCUCAGAACAUGUCACUGUCAUCAAACCUUGACGUUGAUACAGUCUACAGACCACCCUCAGAGUUGCAAUACCCUGAUGGUGAACCACCACCAGAUCGUACCGAAUCGCCCCAAUCCUCCACUAGUAGCGAAUCCGAUCUGAGUUCCCCGUCGUUUAACCGCGACUCGGAAUUCGAGUUCGGUCGCCAGAAAACGGAACAAGUCCACGAGAAAGAAACCGAAAGUUUUGAGAACGAAUCCGAUUCGAAUUCCACCACAACGCCCAAAACCAUAAUGAGCUCAAACACCAUCAAGCCAGAAUCACCCGGAAGUACCACAAGUGAGGAACGGCCCGGAACGCCACGGAAAACCCGCCGUUCCAUCACUCCCGUCCCUCCUGUUACCCCCAUUUUGCAGAAACAGCCAAGUAUUGGGAACGUUCUGGCCCGCACUUCGAGUUUCGGGUCGUCAGGGAGCGGGAGCCCAGCACCGUCAUCAGCCGGUAGUACCGGCGUGCAAAGGCAAGGCUCCCAAGGCUCGCUCUUUGAACAAUUCGCUUCGCAAGCCAAGGAGUUGGUCAGGGAGACGACAAGGCAAAGCAGCCAGGACGGCCUUUUGGCCCAAAUGGACAAAUUCAAGUUACAGGCCAAGGAGAAAUUAUCGGAGGCGGAGGAAAGCCACAUUUUUGCCCCCUUUGAUAAGUUGACCACUCAUGCGAAAAAGGCGGCAGAGGAAGCGUCAAAAAGUGUGCAAGAAGCUGGAAAAAGUGCGUUUGAAGCUAGCAAAACUGCAACAGCCGUCAGUAAAAACACACUUGAAGACCUGACGUAUGUCGGAAAAUCGACUUUGGGUGACUUGACCAAAAGUGCGAAAGAAGUCGUGACGAAGAAAGGCCUACUAAGGGCUGAUUCUUUCACGAAACCGGCGCCCGAUUCACGCCGCGAGUCCACAAGUAGUUCCACCUCACUUGUGGCAACUUCUAGUGUUAUUUCAGGAGCCAGUCGUGACUUUUUCUCAAACAUUAGUUCCGAUCUGAAUGGGAUUGCUGCUAGUACUACCAGCAUGUUCUCGGAUUUGUUUGGUGGGAAAAAGGAACAAAUCCGAGCUGGGGACCAGAAGGUUAAGGACAGUAGUAAAAGUGGGAUGUUUGGGCCGUUUCCUCGCGGUCCUAGAGGCCUGGCUGAGAAAAGCCCUUUGAUCAAACACACACCGCGACGUCAGGACGACAUUCAACGGAAGCAGUCGGUUGAUCGUUCGGCCACCAAUAGCGAAAACCAGGCGUUUCUGAAGGAUGUGGUCACCCAGGUUCUGGAGGGUGAAGGCGUUGGGUGGUUGAAACUCAACCGCUUGAAGAAGUUGAUGGAGGAUGAGUCGUACCGUAACUUCGUCCUCAGCAAGUUGAAUAAGACACUGGAUAAGAAAAUCGCGCCAGACGACCACAUUGACGAUGUUUGCGUCCCUAAACCCGUGUGGAAGGGCAUGUUGAAGGUGCUCCAGGCCGUAGUGCAUGGCCUUGAAGUGACUUAUGGUAAUUACGGGCUUGGGGGAAUGGCUUCCGCCUUCCAGUUGCACGAAAUCGCUCAUACGCACUACUGGACCAAGGAACUCAUCGAUAGUUCGACCGACUUGACUCAGAGUUCUAGUCCUCGUUCCCCCCAAAGUCCUCGUUCCUCCCUCCAACUCGACUGGGACGCGUCUCGGAAGUCCUCCCAGGCGGAAGCACCCGAAGUGCGCCUGAUCCAAGGCGAGGAAUCGGAGGCCGAGAGCCAGCAGUCAACCGCCGACAUGUUCAAGGACAUGCUCACCCAGAAGAAGAACAUGCUCCUGAGCAAACUCACCUCGUUCGACUCAGAUGCUGAGGGGACUUUGCACGGGUCUGGAGGUACGGUCUCACCGUCGGGUGGGUCGAUCACCACGGGUCCAGCUUGUGGGCUCAACCGAGGAGGGGCACAGGCGUCCUUCAGGUCCACGGUGUCCGAUACCGAAGUCGAAACCUUGCAGUUUCCCAAACUCCCCAAACAGCGGACUGCGAGCGUUUGGUCGAGUAAGUCGUCGCUGAGUACCGGGUUUAGGUACCAUGGUGGGCAUAUGGUUAAUACGGCGACGUCGCCGUCGCCGGAUGCCAUCAGGACGUACCUUUUUGAAGGGUUGAUUGGGAAAGAUCGGUCGUCGCUAUGGGACCAGAUGCAGUUUUGGGAGGAUGCGUUCCUGGAUGCGGUUUCGCAGGAACGGGAUAUGAUCGGGAUGGAUCAGGGACCAAGGGAGAUGAUGGAGAGGUAUAAAGCGCUGAGUGAUACGGAGAGGAAACGGCUGGAACAUGAGGAGGAUAAGUUGUUGGCCACCAUGUUGUAUAACUUGACCGCCAUUUUGGUCAUGCUGAAUUGUAACAAGCAGGAGGUUAAAAGGAAGAUUAGGAGGCUGCUGGGGAAGAGUCACAUCGGAUUGGUGUAUAGUCAAGAAGUUAACUUGCUGUUAGACCAAAUUAAUAAUUUGCACGGCAACGACAUUGAUUUGAAACCUCUGGGAUCUCGCCUCCUCCACCGCCAGAGCUUUACAGUGCAUCAGGGGGUGGACGGCGGCGGCGAGUUACGUUUUAUGGAAGUUCGGGACGACGGUCUCGUCUUACGUUCCGUCUCAGGGGUGAUAGUGGAGCGUUGGUGGUUCGAGCGUUUGGUAAACAUGACCUACAGUCCGAAAAACAAAGUGUUGUGUUUGUGGCGUCGCAACGGCCAGCAAACCCAACUCCACAAAUAUUACACCAAGAAGUGCAAGCAGCUUUACUACUGCAUCAAGGAAGCGAUGGAGCGGGGCGGGGUCGCGGGAAGCGCUCCCGAGCUGGGUGGGGAGUUUCCCAUUCAGGAUAUGAGCACUGGGGAGGGGGGGUUGUUACAGGUUUGCAUGGAGGGGGUAGGAUUGCUCUUCGCUAACAGCAAGUUCUUCGUCAGAAUUGACCACAUCAGGAAGUGCUUCACGCAAAAGGGCGGCAUCUUCGUCAUCGAGGAAUUCAACCCCAAAACCCGGCAAGUAAUCCAGCGCAAGUACAAGUCCCCAAUGGCUAGCGAGAUGUUGUUAUUAUUUCACCGGAUAACUUCCAUUUGCAUGACACAGCGAAUUCAUGAGUUCGUUCCCUCAUCUGCAUGAGCCCCCAUUUCAAUUUUUCGGGCUAUUUUCCAGGCCGACCAAAUCUGCUACUCC